AUGGUCACCAAACGCCCCUUGGCCUCAGCUGCUGCCAAUGCCGACCGGAAUGGAGGGAAACAACUCCGUUUUGACCUUUCGCAAAUAAAGCCUUUGAUUUUGAAGAGAUCUGAGAUUCUCAGCAGCGAGGUUGCCAGGCUCCGCAAUGAAGAUAUGGAUACCCAGCCGCUUCCCUCCUGCCUGAGAACCCGGAGCACCUCUUGGGCUCUGCAUCCCGAAACAAUGACGCCGAUGACACAAGACGAAGCGUGUAGCGUCCAAUUCCGAUCCAAUGUCACCGUGAAGCGUAUCCCCUCUCGACAUGAAUACUCUCCAAGCACUCGACGGGAGUUAUGGUCCAGUCUAAAAGAGAUUCGUGAGAAUGCGUUGCGGAACGAAGCUGAAUUCUCCUUCGAUGGCUGCAAUUGGCGAGAGUGCUGCGAAGAGGACGACAUGUUCUAUGAUAAACGCAGUGAUACCCUUAUCCACCCCGCACAUGUAGAGACUGUUUGCGUUUACAAUGGCCGAGAGUGGAAGCCAAUUGCCAAUGAGGAAACUACUCCCGACCCCACCACUCCGUUGAAGAGCGUUUCACCCAGCCAGGUUUGCAUUGUCUGCGACUUUGGAAGUUCUUAA